AUGUCAUCGGAUGGUACAGAAGAACCUCUUGCGACCCUUUCGGCAAUUCCGGAUUCUGCCGCCGAUCAAGCACCGCCGGUAAUAGCAGAUGAAUUUACAUUAGAUCUACCUAGAAUUCCAAGUUUGGAAUUGCCGCUUAAUGUCUCCACAAAGCACGCUAGUAUACAAAAAGCCAUAAGAAUGUGUGGAGGGAUUGAAAAAGUGAAGGAAGCCUUCAAGGAACAUGGCCCUAUCGAAUCUCAAAAUGGCCUAGAACUAUAUUUAAACGAAGGUUACGAUAGAGACGGCUCUAAAACGUAUUUUAACGAACACCCUAUAAUUGGCAAAAGAGUUCCCUUUAGAGAUGAAUCUGUAAUACUAAAAGUCACAAUGCCCAAGGGAACCUUAGCCAAAAACAAUAAUAGUCUUAAAGAUUCAAUCACUUCGCUGAAAAAUUCUAAUAAAUUGAGAGUCACUCCUGUUUCCAUAGUAGAUAAUACUAUUAAAUUUAGAGAGAUGUCAGAUUUUCAAAUUAAAUUAGACAAUGUCCCCUCCGCAAAAGAGUUCAAAAGUAGUUUUGGUUCCUUGGAGUGGGAUAACUUCAAAAAUUUUGUCAAUUCUGUACCAGAUAAUGACUCUCAACCUCAGGAAAAUAUCGGGAAUUUGGUCUUGGACCGUAGCGUUAGAAUACCAAGUACGGACUUCCAAUUACCACCACCACCUAAAUUAUCAAUGGUUGGGUUUCCUUUACUGUAUAAAUAUAAAGCUAAUCCAUUCGCAAAAAAGAAGAAAAACGGUGUUACUGAAGUCAAGGGAACAUACAUCAAAAACUAUCAGUUAUUUGUCCACGAUCUAAGUGAGAAGAGUGUUAUUCCAUCCCAUGCCCACGAACAGUUGCUAAAUGAUUUCGACGUGGCGAAGAAAACGAAAGUUUAUCCAGGCACUAAAAGUGAUUCCAACUUUUAUCAAUCGCUGGAGGAAUGUCUACAAAUUCUAAGUGAGCUAUUUGCUAAACGGCCCAUUUGGGUUAAAAGACAUCUUGAUGGGAUUGUCCCGAAAAAGGUACACCAUACCAUUAAGAUAGCACUAGCACUCAUAUCUUACCGUUUCACGAUGGGGCCUUGGAGAAACACAUAUAUUAAAUUUGGAACAGACCCUAGAAGUUCUCCAGAAUAUGCCCAAUAUCAAACUGAAUAUUUUAAGAUUGAAAGAAAAUUGUUGUCUUCUCCAAGAGUGAAAAAAAAUGUACCCAAACCACCACCCUUAGUAUUUGAAUCUGACACACCAGGCGAUAUUGAUAGUAGGUUUAAAUUUGACGGGGAAAGAAUACCGUGGUAUUUGAUGUUACAGAUUGAUUUGUUAAUCAGUGAGCCGAAUAUCGCAGAGGUUUUUAGUAAUGUCGAGUACUUAGAUAAGGCAAAUGAAUUGACGGGUUGGUUCAAAGAAUUAGACUUGGUAAAAAUGAGAAGGAUAGUGAAGUACGAACUUGGUUGCAUGGUCCAAGGGAAUUAUGAAUACAACAAAUAUAAAUUGAAGUACUUUAAAACAAUGUUGUUUGUUAAAGAAUCCAUGGUGCUAGAAAACAAGAAUUCAGAGGAAGACAACACGGGAGUUAACGACAAUUUAGACGCAGACGGGGAUAUAGAUAUGGAUGUCGGUACUCAAGGGUCAUCCGCGGUUUCAAUCACGAACGUCGAUAUUGCUGUUGGCGAUGAUGAUGACGAUAAUGACGCUAUAACUGAGGAGCCAGAUGAUGCCGCCUUAGAAAAUGAAGAAAUGGAUACCAAUCAAAACUUGAAGGUACCGGCAAAUGCAGACGAUGAUGUUGACGCAGAUGAAGAAGAGCAAGAAGGUUUCGAUAUCAAAACAGCAAGUUUCCAAGAUAUUAUCAACAGAAUAGCUAGGCUUGAUCCUAAAACGGCCGCCACUAUGAAAAGGGAUCUUAAGGGAUUUGUCAAUGAGGCCAAUUUGUAG